CCCACGCAUCUGCACCCUCUUUCAUGGAUCACAUGGUUUGUAGGUUGGUCCCCCACAACAAAGCUGCAAGACCUACGGUUAAAUCUCCUCCAACUAAUUCACAUCCCUACUCGAUAUCAUCUUUCACCUCCAAACCAAUGCAAUGUGGAAACAUAGGGAAACAGUAAAAAAAGAAUUCCACAUCGACCUUUCUUUCAUGGUCAUGAAUCCUGCUCGUAUCAUUAUUUUUAUUCAUGUAGAACAAACUUCACUUUGAUUGUGCUUCUGUAUCCUGACAUCCUCCCAUCUCUCCCUCUCUCUGACCCUCAACUCAUCCUUCUUUGCACAUUGAGAAACCAUAUUCUUUUUGCUAGCUUUUGGCUCAUGGAGUAGUUGGAGAGUUCUCUUACAUUAAUACCUUCUUCUUUUGGUAUCUGAGGGCGAGACAGAUGCAAAGAGGACGCUGCCUUGAGCUCCUCUAAUCAUUUCGGUUUUUGAUGGUCUUCAAAGUUGCAAGUCCUACUUCUCCACUUCUUGUGAGCACUGUUUUGUCAAGCUCAGUCUCAUUACCAUAAAAUGAGAAGAGGAUCUUCAAACUGGGUCCUUCUUCUGCUCUCGUUCCUGGUUUUCCAUGUCUCAUUGUCAAAUGAGCAGGAAGACUCAACAGCUCCCAUGCUGAGAGCAGAGCAAGAAGCUCUAUAUUUGUUGAUUCAAGACCUGGUUGGAAAAUGGUGGAAUGGUUCAGAGCUGUAUCCAGAUCCCUGUGGGUGGACUCAGAUACAGGGAGUUUCAUGCGAUGUUUACGACGGAAAAUGGCAUGUCACUGGCUUAACCUUCGGCUCAAUCCUAGACGACUCUCUUGAAUGCUCAGAGGAUGCAUCCUUAAGUCCUCUUCUUUUUGAGUUCGAGCAUCUGAAGAGCCUCUCCUUCUUUGGUUGCUUCGUCUCUUCACACCACAAGACCUCCAUCCCCUCCAGCCACUGGGAGAAGCUUGCUCCAAGCUUGGAGACGCUGGAGUUCAGAUCAAAUCCAGGCCUCGUUGGAGAAAUCCCUGCCAGCAUCACCCGGCUCACCAAAUUGCAAUCUCUGGUGCUGGUUGACAACUCUUUAUCUGGAAAUUUGCCUCAAGAACUCGGCCAUCUCGUGCAACUCAAAAGAUUGGCACUUGCAGGAAGCCAUUUCUCUGGUCAAAUUCCAGCCUCCAUCGGAAGCAAAUUAAGUGAGCUGUUGAUCCUCGACAUGAGCAGGAACUCCCUGACUGGCUCUCUUCCCUCGUCGCUCGGCGCGAUGAAUUCGCUUCUAAAGCUAGACCUGAGUGACAACUUCCUCCAUGGCAGCCUCCCGCAAGAGCUCGGACAGCUGAAGUGCCUCACUCUGCUUGACCUCAGGGGCAACAAAUUCUCACAUGGCCUUCCUCAAGCACUUCACGACAUGGUCUCACUUCAAGACUUGCUUCUGUCCAACAACCCGUUGGGCGGAAACUUGAUGGGAACUGACUGGGGAAGGCUCACAAAUCUCUCUACGUUGGACCUCUCCAACACAAAUCUGAGUGGAGAGAUUCCGGAGUCAAUUGUGAGGGUGAAAAGGUUGAGGUUUCUUGCACUGGAUAACAACAACCUCUCUGGCUGUGUGCCCACCAAGCUUGCAGAUUUGCCUGACCUCACUGCUCUGUAUCUCAACGGCAACAAUUUGGCAGGGGAGCUCAAGUUUUCUGAAGCAUUCCACAGAAGGAUGGGAAGGAGGUUUGCUUUCGGUGGGAAUCCUCACAGUUCAGUGGCACAAUAUUGCAAACAGGAGAAAUCAGCAGGUUCUCAAGGCAAGGGAAAGGGAAGGAUCAUGGAUGAUCAAAGUUCGAGCGUGUUGACUUCCCUUAGUUUUCCAGCUUCUUCAAUUAACGUUUGGUUGGGGGUAGCUGUUCAAGAGCUGUUGGUUGUGAUUGCUUUGAUCUUAUUAUUAUAGAUACUUGGAUUAUGCAUCGAUCUACACUUGCAUGUUUUUUUUUUGUUGAUUCAUAGUCCAAUUUGAGGAUUCAACCUAGUUUGCUUGAUUCA